AUGGCUGUGACAAGUUCAGUGUUCGCUCUCGCGCGACGUGUGAAGGGUUCUGCAGCCUGCCCCGCUUCGCAUUUGAGCUAUCAACGCCCGCCUCGGAAACCACCAGAAUUGUCGCACCCGAGACCUUGCAACUCGACCGGGUUUGUGGCGCCGCAACUACGGUACUACAGUCUACAGAUACCCGCAACCCCAACUGCAGCUACGACUGCGACUGCCCCCAACGUCUUGCGGUCAGUAAUUAAUGUGCGAUGGCAUCCGUACUGCCACUCGACCGACGUCACCGGCCGAGCUAUGGCCAGCCGACAACCACUGACCCGUUUCGAUCGCUAG